AGGAGGGUAUACAGAACGGUAUAUCAAGGAGAGUGUACCAAGUAAAAUCAAAUCAACCUGCUUCUAACCCACCGGAAAAGAAAGAACAAAUGAAUGAGAGAGUCAGUAGACAGAUCCAUAAACCCAUAUUGCUCCUGGUUGAACCGCAACACAACCUAUCGCCACACGCGCCCUUACGCAAGCACACACACACACACACACACACACACACACACACACACAGAGAGAGAGAGAGAGAGAGAGAGAGAGAGAGAGACACACAGACAGAGACACAAACACACACACACAGAGCAAGGGUCAGCUAGACAAUGCUAGAAAAAAGAAUUUAAAUAAAUAAUAAAUAUAUAUAAACCUCAAAGUGGUAUCAUGUCAUGAAGCAACGCAGCAAGACGAGAAGAAAAAGCAUUUCGAACGCCUGGGAUAUCAUCACCGAGUCGAA